UAAUCUUACGGAUUCCUAGGACCAUCUCACUCCACCAUACGCAUCUCAAAAUAGAACAUCAUUUCAAGUUUCCAUCACGCCAAUCUCACAAGAAACAUGUAUCGACGAGGCCCACCAAAGUCGACACCGGCAAAUGUCCAAUGCCAAAAGUGCCUUAAAAGAGGGCACUACUCGUAUGAAUGCAAGGCCUCAGCACAAGAAAGACCUUAUGUCUCUCGACCUUCUAGAACACAGCAACUCUUCAACCCAAAACUGGUUCCAAAGUUAGACAGUGAUGUGCAAGAAACAUUACAAAAACAAAAAGGCAUUGCUGAUGAAGAACUGGCCAAACGUGAAGCCGAGAGAGCAAAGAAGCGGGAUUUAGAGCAAAACGGCACAGAUGAUGAAUCCCCUAGGCGCAGAAGAUCAAGAUCAGCUUCUUACGAUUCUGUAUCUUCAAUAUCUACUAGGCGAUCAGCUUCACCACCGCCUCAACAUUCUUCCACGGCUCAUUCAAAUAUUCGAAGGAGAGAUGAUCCGAGCCCACCACCCGCCAGCCAUGGUUCACGCGGAAGAUCAUUUAGUCCUGGUAGUGACUAUGAUCGGCGUUACUCACCAAGCCCCCAACGGCCAGCCAGGACCGGAAGCCCUUCAGAUGGACCGGGCCGGAUAUCAAGAUCAAGGACACGUAACCUAAGUCCCGCAAAAGGCGGUUACGAUUCAAGAGACGAAGCACCAAGCCGGCGCAGAAGGUAUUCUUCGAGCGCUAGCAGAUCUCCGCCACCUCAACAUCAGCGAAGAUACCGCUCUAGAUCCCCGGGUGAACCCAAAAGACGUGGUAGAAGCCCUCCUCGGCGCGGUGGCAGAGGUGGACGAAGGGGAGGAGCACCGCCACGACAACAACGUGAACGGAGUUUAAGUCCUUUCUCCAAGAGACUUGCUUUAACGCAGGCGAUGAGUAGAGGUGGUUGAGAAUGGGUAUCAUUAUUUUAGUUUAGGUCAGGGAUGAAGCCAAUUCCACUUGAGCAUAAUAUGUACACUUAUUG